UAGUCAGUUGUAAUCAACUAUCAGUCCAAUAUAGAACAAAUAUAAGUCAAGAUAGCCGUAAAGGGAAAGGUUAAAUAAAUAUCCAAAAACCGAAUUCUACAAACCAUAUAAAAUGAAUAUUAAUUGGAAUGUUUCAGUAGUCCAAUCGGAGUACAAGAAAAUCGACAAAGCUCUUGAAAUAUGUUGCUCCAUGGAGGAGGAGAUCGAUGGCUGUCUCAAAAAUGUGGAGCAGAUGAAUCAAAAGUACAAUGCCCCUGGGCGGUACACUAUCGAUAUGGAGCCAUUUCGUAGUGACUAUCCAUCCACACUGAUUCCCACAGUGUCAUCAGCCGAAGUGACAUCGGUGCAGAACGUGGACUCGGAGAUGGAGAUGCUCGGUCAGUUGUAUGGGGCCAGGAGUGCCCAGGAGCUGGACGAGACCUAUGUGGAUGUCAGGUACAAGUUCAUAAAGUUGAAACGGGAGCUCGAGGGUACAGUGGCCCAUUGCCAGAGGGUUGUGGACCAUGCGGAGCGCCAGAAGAAGGUCACGCACCGCAUGCUAAAGGGAUCUCAGAGCACCAAGAAGCAUGUCUGCGUCCACAAGUAAUGGGUGGAGGAGGUUCUUGGCAACACUUGACAACUAUUCCAUCAUAGUCUAGGGAUGUGUACAAAAUACAAAUUGUCUCGACGCUUGGCAGCUUUUAUUAAAAAUUACCGUCACCA